AAAUAUGCCAAAAACCCCAGUGGGGCCAAAGAUUCCGGCUUGUACCAGAUCAGAAGAAUUACAAGAUGAAUGAAGAAGUGAUGCUGAUCUGUCCUGAGGGUUUCCAGGCAUCUUUCACCCAUGUCAAGUGUACAGGAAAAGUUCUGUCCGUUAGCAGUGGGAAACGUGUAUACACAGAAGCUUGGAGUGGAAGGGACAUCGGAGGCAGUUGGACCAACAUUCAGCCCAUGUUUGGUGUGCAGUGCCUCGAUGCAGAGAAGUGCCAGAAGCCACAGUGGGACCCCAAGUUUAUCUUUGACCAAGAACAGGGAAUCUUCGACCCAGAGGAAGUGGUGACGAUGAGAUGCCCUGUGGGGCACAGCCCUCCACUCAUGGAAAUCAAAUGUGUGAAACUGGAGCCAAAGGAAGGUUCCACAAUUUCUCGCAGUGUCUGGAUGGUGAGGAAUGGCACAGGCGUAUGGCACCAUAUGGAGGAGAACUUGACCUGUGUGGAUGUCCUCCAGGUUGCCCCUGAUACCUUGGAGAUUUCCAGCAACAGCAUCAAACUGAACUGGACCUGCAGGCUCCCUGACACCUGCCAGAAUAUUCGGGCCAUGUGCCGGCUGCAUUCUCAUUCCUCCUCUUCCUGUGACGCUGAGGAGGUGAUGGGAGAGGAGAUGCUACAAGGUCAGGAGGGAACUUUCACCUGUGCCCCUCUGCAACCCUUUACUUUCUACACUGUCACCAUCUCUCUGCUGCCUGGAACAAACCUGUACACACGGGAACUCAGGACAAUGGAAACAGUGCCAGAUCAACUGGAGAAGCUGUGGAUGGAUUCCAGCACAGGGACCCUCAGGUGGAAGGCGCUGCCCUCCUGCAAAGGGGAGAUCAUUGGAUACCAGCUGAACAUCACCGCCAUGAGAGCAGACGAUGGGAGCUUCCUUGAGUUCAAGCAGGUGUUGGUGAACCAGUCGGUCACUGAGUACACAGUUCUUCAGACUGCUGGAAGCAAAUACACCGUGACUGUGCAGGGCCUCACAGCGGUGGGUGCUGGGGCUGCAUCACUGCUGGACUUUCAAGCCUAUGUCACAGGGCAGCCUCCGGGCCCAUGGCCUGGGUCAGCGAUCUCUGUAGUGGUGGUGGUGGUGGUGCUGGUCCUCUUGUCUGCAGGGAUCCUGUGGUUUGUGCUGUCCAG